CGUCAUUCUGCGCCAACGCGCGGAUGGAGGAGUCAUUCCCGGACGGCCAUGAAAGCGGGAGGAGCGCUGUUCUCGAGGCUGCACCGGGGAGCAGGUCGGCCCGCCAUGCACUGCGUGUAACAGAGCAGAUAUUGCAUUGCUGAAGUGGUGCUGUCAAACCCUGUACUUCAUGAUAUCCUUGCUUGAGCACAGUUGACUGAAACAUUAAAUAUGGAUCGAGGAAGAGGCCAGAGGGAAAGUGCAGGAAUAAGCAGGAACGUCUACCCACAACAGUACAGCUACCCCUCAACACAAAAUUUAGAGAUACAAGAGCUAGCAUCCAAACGAGUUGACAUUCAGAAAAAAAGGUUUUACUUGGAUGUCAAGCAGAGUGCUCGUGGUCGUUUUUUAAAGAUUGCAGAAGUUUGGAUUGGUAGAGGGCGACAGGAUAACAUUAGAAAAAGCAAGUUGACGUUAUCCUUAUCUGUGGCUGCUGAACUAAAAGACUGUUUAGGAGAUUUUAUUGAGCACUAUGCUCAUCUAGGUCUUAGAAGCAGUCAUUCUCAAAGAGGUGAACAUGGAAGUGAAAAAGAACAUGAUUCUAGAAGGAGGCCUCAUCCAGCCUCACCUUCAGGUUCUGUUGGAUCAGAAGAACCAGCAACACACAGUGUUCUUAAAACCGAAUAUAUUGAACGAGACAAUAGAAAAUAUUAUUUAGACCUUAAGGAGAACCAACGGGGACGGUUUUUAAGAAUUAGACAAACAAUGACCAGAGGACCUGGAAUGAUUGGUUAUUUUGGUCAAAGUUUGGGUCAAGAGCAGACCAUAGUUCUGCCAGCUCAAGGUAUGAUUGAAUUUAGAGAUGCAUUGGUUCAGCUUAUUGAAGAUUAUGGAGAAGGAGAUAUAGAAGAACGUCGAGGUGGUGGGGAUGAACCCCCUGAGCUUCCAGAAGGAACUUCUUUCCGUGUGGACAAUAAGAGGUUCUAUUUUGAUGUGGGCUCUAACCGUUAUGGCAUAUUCUUAAGGGUAAGCGAGGUAAGACCACCCUAUCGCAACACUAUCACAGUCCCUUACAAAGUAUGGACAAGGUUUGGAGACAAUUUUAUCAAAUAUGAAGAGGAGAUGAGAAAAAUUUAUAAUAGCCAUAAAGAAAAGAGAAUGGAUGUACGAGUGGACAGUAGUGAAGAACAAGAGUGUCCUGAGUAGAGCAAUUGCCAGUGAACAUGAUACAAAAUUGAAGUCUUUUUAUUGGAGACAAAUUCUGUAGUCUUUUAGAAGAUUUCUCUAUUAUUCAUUUUUGUUCAUUCCUUUUUAUUUUUUAGCAGAGUAUCAACGGACAGAAAAAUCCUUUUGAGAGUCUGGUGUCCACAUUUUAGUCUACAACACAGACACUCUUAUGAGCUUACCAGCCUCUGAUAGAGCUGCUUCAAUAAUUUCAAGACUGUACAAGUGUUUUUUUG